AUGCCUCCCAAGUCGAGGUUCACAAGGCUUGACGCCUUUACGAAGACGGUGGAGGAUGCGCGCAUCAGGACAACUUCUGGCGGUAUCGUUACGAUUGUCUCGCUGAUCGUCGUGCUCUACCUGGCUCUGGGAGAGUGGCGCGACUACAGGAGGAUAGAGAUACACCCGGAGCUGAUUGUGGACAAGGGGCGAGGCGAACGCAUGGAAAUCCACCUCAACAUCACCUUCCCCAAGAUACCGUGCGAACUGCUCACCCUCGAUGUGAUGGACGUCUCAGGCGAGCAACAACACGGCGUGCAGCACGGUGUCCGUAAGGUCAGACUCCGGCCCCAGUCGGAAGGCGGCGCCGAGAUCGACUCCCGGGAGCUCUCCCUGCACGCCGACGACGAGAAGGCCGCCCACCUGGACCCCAACUACUGCGGUCCUUGCUACGGCGCACCCUCCCCGCCCAAUGCGCAGAAGCCUGGCUGCUGCAACACCUGCGCAGAGGUUCGGGAGGCAUACGCGCAGGCAUCCUGGGCCUUCGGCAAGGGCGAGGGUGUAGAGCAAUGCCUGCGCGAGCACUACGCCGAGCGCCUAGACGAGCAGCGCCUCGAGGGUUGCCGCAUCGAGGGCGGCCUCCGCGUCAACAAGGUGGUUGGGAACUUCCACCUGGCUCCCGGCCGCUCCUUCAGCAACGGCAACAUGCACGUCCACGAUCUCAAGAACUACUGGGAGGCGCCCACACCCAACACGCACUCGUUCACGCACAUCAUCCACCACCUGCGCUUCGGGCCCCAGCUGCCCGACGAGAUCCACAAGAAGCUGGGCAACAAGGCUGCCCUGGGCUGGACCAACCACCACAUCAACCCCCUCGAUGGUACCCGCCAGGAGACGGACGACCCCAACUACAACUUCAUGUACUUUGUCAAGAUCGUGCCGACUUCGUACCUGCCCCUCGGCUGGGAGAAGAAGUACAGGGCCCCGGACGCCAACACCGACCUGGGGUCCUACGGCCAGAACAGCGACGGAAGCAUGGAGACGCAUCAGUACUCUGUGACCAGCCACAAGCGCAGCCUCCGCGGCGGUGACGAUGCCGCCGAGGGUCACCAGGAGCGCCACCACUCCCCCGGCGGCAUCCCGGGCGUCUUCUUCUCGUAUGAUAUCUCGCCGAUGAAGGUCAUCAACAGGGAAGAGCGGGCCAAGACCUUUGCUGGCUUCCUCACGGGCCUUUGCGCCGUCCUCGGCGGCACCUUGACCGUUGCUGCCGCUGUCGACCGCGGUCUCUUUGAGGGUGCGACGAGGCUCAAGAAGCUCAGGUCCAAAGACCAGUAG